AUGCGAUCCUCAAGAGUGUCGCGCGACACGGCGCUCCUUUUCGACCAGGCCGCUGCCACCGCCACACCUCGUCGAACGACGCGGUCGCUGUCGCGCUUCGCCUACGCUCCCAUCCAUGGCAACGGCCAAGGCACCCCCGACAUUGAAGAUGCCGCAUCGCCACCCGCCAAGCGCCGCCGCAAGCUCUCGACCGAGUCGCCGGUAAAACUCAUCAAGGAGGAGCUCUUCGAAAACACCAGCCCGAUCCGCGCCCCGACCAAGACUCGCGCGCCGAAGCGGCGCACACCGGCGCGCCCGGCGGUCGAUCCGGAGACUGGCGAAACAACAGUGGCGCCGCCGUCCGACUGGGAGGAGAUGUACGCGCUGGUGCGCAAGAUGCGCGCGCCGGGCGGCGCGGCGUACGGUGCGGCGGUUGAUACCAUGGGCUGCGAGAGGCUCGCCGACCGGGGGUGCUCGGAAAAAGACCAGCGGUUUCACACGCUGAUUGCGCUGAUGAUGUCGAGCCAGACCAAGGACACGGUCAAUGCGGUGGUGAUGAGGAAGCUGCAGACGGAGCUGCCGGCACACAAGCCUGGCGCGCCAGUAGGGUUGAAUUUGGACAAUAUUCUAGCCGUCGACCCGGAUACGCUGAACAAGAUGAUUUGGGCUGUUGGAUUCCACAACAACAAGACCAAAUACAUCAAACAGGCGGCCGAAAUACUACGCGACGAGUGGAACGGCGAUAUACCAGACACGAUCGAGGGUCUCACGGCCCUGCCCGGCGUCGGCCCCAAGAUGGGCUACCUCUGCCUGUCGGCCGCCUGGGGCAAGACCGAGGGCAUCGGCGUCGACGUGCACGUGCACCGCAUCACCAACAUGUGGGGGUGGCACGCGACCAAGAACCCCGAGGCGACGCGGCUGGCGCUGCAGUCGUGGCUGCCGCGCGACCGCUGGCGCGAGAUCAACGGCCUGCUCGUCGGCCUCGGCCAGGCCGUGUGCGUGCCCGUCGGGCAGCGCUGCGGCUCGUGCGAUGUCGGCCUGAGCGGCCUGUGUAAGGCCGCGGAUCGGAAAAAGCUCGCGCUGGGCAGGGCGGCGCGGGACGCGGCCAAGCUGCAGGACGAGGACGGGGGGAAGCUGGAGGAUAUACCACAUGUUAAGCUGGAGGAUGGGAGGAGGCUAAAUGGUAUACCGCACGUGAAGGAGGAGCCUUGA